CAUGCGCGUAGUCCGUGACGUACGGGACGGUGUUUUCUGUGCCUCCGCAUAUGUUUACGCUCGUUUCCUCCACCCGCGAGACGGACCCGGCAAAAUGGGCGAUAUAGCGCCUGAUCAUGUUUUAGAGGUGAUAUUCUCGUAUCUGGACCUGCACACGCUGAGGAACUGCUCGCUGGUGUGCAAGCGAUGGUACCAGUUCCUCAACGACGAGAACAACGACGUGUGGCGGAUGCACUGCAUACGAAAGCUGGCCCAGGAGGCCCUCAGCUCCGACCUGUUGUCGUCGGUGCCCACGUACAAGUCGAAGCUCCGCGCGUUCUAUCACGCGUGGAACCCGAACGACUGCUCGCGGAACAUUUUCAUUAAGCCCAACGGAUUCACCCUGCACAGAAACCCCGUAGCGCAGAGUACGGACGCGUGUAGAGGCAAGAUAGGCUUCCGGCACGGGCGCCACGCCUGGGAGGUCAUCUGGGAAGGACCGUUGGGUACGGUAGCGGUGAUAGGAAUAGCCACUAAGGAAGCGCCCCUGCUGUGUCACGGAUACGUAGCGUUGCUCGGCUCCAACGAGCAUUCCUGGGGCUGGAACCUCGUCGACAACCAUUUGCUACACAACGGAGAUCCGCAGGGGAAUUAUCCUUUACUCAACAACGCUCCAAAAUAUCAGGUUGGGGAAAGGAUUAGAGUAAUUUUGGAUUGUGAUGAUAAUACGUUGUCUUUCGAGAAGAAUUACGAGUUUCUGGGUGUAGCUUUUAGAGGGUUACCAGAUAAGAGAUUAUACCCAUCAGUAUCUGCGGUUUACGGAAAUACAGAAGUAUCCAUGGUAUACUUAGGACCACCAUUGGAUGGCUAACACAUUACAUUUAAAAAAAAAAACAUAUCCUCAAAAAGCUCGUUUGAGGCUGUACAAUGCAUUCUUAAUGCCAAGUUAUCUGCAGUAUACCAAUAUUGUCUACGUUUAAGUAGAGAAAGCACACAACAACAAACUGUGUACAAUAUUUACGGAAAAUGUGUGCCUGUAGAUUACUUGGUCAAUAUUGUAAAUAAUAGACAUUUUAUUUUACUUAAACAACUUACGGCAAAAUUUUACGUGCAUUUAAUUAGAACAAUUAAAUCAAUCAUUCGAUUGGUAUAAUUGUACGUGUUAUACAUGGAAGUUUUAAGUAAUACCAGUUCUCAAAUAAUUUGAUAUAAUUUUGUGAAAAUGUUAUAUUGAUUUUUAUUGAAAUAUUUCUGUUAAAUAUCAUCAUACGAAAUAAAUUCUGCUAUGUCCAAAUAAAAUUGGGAAUCAAUAAUCUACAUAUAUAUACAUUUGUACAUACAUAUACAUAUAUGAACUUAAUGCUUCCAUGUAAUAUUAUUUUUAUUUUUAUUAUUUAUGUGUAAAGACAAGAUGUGCGCAAUGUUUUCUAUUAAUUUAUAAUAUCUUAUUUUCAAGAAGGAUUUCUUUCAAAAAGGAUUCCAUUCUAAUGUCCUUAAAUAAUUGUUAUAAUUAAUAUUUAAAUACUUUUCAACUUGUUUGCAUUUAUUUCUUUGUAUUUUAUAUAGUAAUCUCAGGACACUUGUUAAUAAUUCCUUUUUAUUGAUAGAAUUAAUAAUUGUUAUAUCCUUCCUGAAUAUUCAUAUUCUUUUUAAUAUGCAUAACUUUGUAAAUGAUGCAUCACCAGCCAAAGGAAAAAAUACAAUAAGAAAAUCUCUUAUUUUUUUAUAAAUCAGCGUAUGAUUUGCUUAUUUCUUGAUCUGAUGAUUUAAUGUUAUCAUCUUUAUAUGUAGAAAAAAUUAAGAAUUUUAAUCAUAAAUUAUUUUAUUUAUAUCAUAUUUAUUUUAUAAUCGAACAAAAAGUGGCAUUCAAAAACGAUCCUUCAUGUAAUAGUAUACAGGGUGUCCCACUUCAAGUGUUCAUUGCGUAUAGCUACAUUAUUUUUUUUGUACGAGAUUAAAUCGUGAAAAUAAAUUAUGUAGCGUAAUAAAAUCAAAUAGAGUCAAUGGCUGUUGCAAGAUCUCGUUCAACAGACGUGAAAAUCAUUCACAUCUAAAUAAAUAACUCAAUUGUACAUUUUCAGUUUUCAAAAUAAAAGAUAGGGAUCCAUACAUGAUUUCUUUGAAAACGAAAGGAGAAAGAAAAAAAAUUCAAUAGCCAUUUAGCAUUGCUUUCUCUCUCUCAUCCGAUGUACUUUUCCUCAUGUAUAUUUUUAAACAUCCUCACGUCUUAUAUCAAAGCGAUAUGAGUUAGAUUCUAAGUCGUCGUAUAUUAGAUUCUACGUUGCUACUGAAAAUAUCAUUUUAAUAUCUUGUGUAUAUGCUGUAUAAAUUUGUAUGCCACUAUUGUGGAUGAAUGAAUAGCACAAAGGAGAGACAACUGCAUUAAAAAAAAUUUUAAAGCCUGUCCUUUUCAUUCAUCGUCUAGUGAAUUUUUACGUUGACGACAUAUAUUUAUAUACAUAUAUAAAUAUGAAGGAUUGUAUAUUACAAUCUAUAUAUUUAUAAAUAAUUCUGUUUUUAAUGUAAGAUUGAAUACUGAUGAUUAGAGUGAACUAGGUGUGUGAUCAGUAAGACGAUUAUUUAUAAUGUACAUAUUUAUUAUAGCGAUUGCGUUUGCCGUAUGUAGUGUUCGUGAAUUAGUUUUUCUAAACUUUUGUACAGAACCGUGUACAUAGUGAUUAUAAAUAUUUGGGAAAUAAACUUUAUUUCGUAUGUA